UUAUGUGGGAGUUAAUGACUGGUAGAAGACCUUUUUGGGAUCAAAAUCAUAAUACGGAUCUUAUUAUUAAAAUUUGUGAUGGUUUACGUCCACCAAUUGUUACAAAUGCACCUGAAGGUUAUAUUGAAUUAAUGAAAGAAUGUUGGCAUUUUGAUCCAGAGAAAAGACCAUUAGCUAUGGAGUUAUAUGAUAAAAUUAAAAAAAUGACUUCUUGUGAAGAAUGGGGUAAGAAAACCAAAAUUAUAAAAUCACCGGAUAUAGGACCUGUAACAAUAAAUAAUUCAGGUGCCGUUUAUAAGAGUAGACCUUUAAGUGGAAUGAUUCAAUCCGCGAUGUCUUUAAGAAGUUCAAGAAGUACUAAAUCCAUUAAAUUAGAAACUGACCCAUUUUAUUAUUAUCAGGAAAAUAACAUGGAAUUGUCUGGUAAAAGAAAGGCUGAUAAUGAUUCAAAUGAAGACGAUAAUGAUAAAGAUUACUUUACAAAAGAAAUUGAAUUAGAUAUUAAUAAGGAUCUCAAUCAAUCCCAUGAUGGAUAUAUUACCAAGGAAAUUGAUCUUGAAAUUAAUACUCUUUAAAUUUAUUUUAACAAAUUUAGACAUUAGAAUGUAGAAUGUUAUCAUCAUCAUUAUCAUA